UUCGCCGAGUACGCGUGCGCGGCAGCUUUCUCCCCACCCCACCCCCCACCCCCGCCCCUCACGUGGCCCCACCCUCUCACCCUAGACAGACGGGAGCCUCCUGGGGUGUCCACGUGAGCGCGCGUGAGCCCGCCCCCCCCAGUCACGUGAUCGCUGACUCCCGGCGUUCUCCACUACGGCUUACCUACCUCCCUGGCCCGGAACCCGGCGAUAUGGCUGCAGCUGUGUCCCGCGCCGCGUCUCUCUCCCCGCUGCUUCCCCUUCUCCUGGGCUUCCUGCUCCUCUCCGCUCCGCAUGGCGGCAGCGGCCUGCACACUAAGGGCGCCCUUCCCCUGGAUACGGUCACUUUCUACAAGAUUAUGGUGACAAACUGAACAUGGAACUGAGUGAGAAAUACAAGCUGGACAAAGAGAGCUACCCAGUCUUCUACCUCUUCCGGGAUGGGGACUUUGAGAACCCAGUCCCAUACACUGGGGCAGUUAAGGUUGGAGCCAUCCAGCGCUGGCUGAAGGGGCAAGGGGUCUACCUAGGUAUGCCUGGUUGCCUGCCUGUAUAUGACGCUCUCGCCGGGGAGUUCAUCAGGGCCUCUGGUGUGGAGGGCCGCCAGGCCCUCUUGAAGCGGGGGCAGGACAACCUCUCAAGUGUGAAGGAGACUGAGAAGAAGUGGGCCGAGCAAUACCUGAAGAUCAUGGGGAAGAUCUUAGACCAAGGGGAGGACUUCCCAGCAUCAGAGAUGACUCGGAUUGCCAGGCUGAUUGAGAAGAACAAGAUGAGUGAUGGGAAGAAGGAGGAGCUCCAGAAGAGCUUAAACAUCCUGACUGCCUUCCAGAAGAAGGGGGCCGAGAAAGAGGAGCUUUAAAAGGCCGUCUGUGGUUUUCCAGGGUUUGGUGGGGAUAGGGAGGGGAGAGUUAACCUGCUGGCUGUGAGUCCCUUGUGGAAUAUAAGGGGGUAGUGGGAAAAGUGGUACUAACCCACGAUUCUGAGCCCUGAGUAUGCCUGGACAUUGAUGCUGAUGUGACCAUGCUUGGGAUGUCUCUAGCUGGUCUGGGGAUAGCUGGAGCACUUACUCAGGUGGCUGGUGAAAUGACCCCUCAGAAGGAAUUAGUGCUAUAGAGGAGAGAGGAGUAUACGGCCCAGGUCUUUGACAGGUGUAAUUCUCAUUCAAUUAAAGUUUCAGUGUUUUGGUUAAGUGGACCUGAAGCCAUUCUGUUGUCUUUUCAAAUUACACUUUGGUCUAUGACCUGCUUUCCUCUUUGAAUCUAAGCUGGUAUGGACUCCACUUUCCCAGCGUAAUAAACUAUCCUCGUAACACUGUG